AUUGAAUCGUAAAUGACACUGUUGCGUAACAACGUUGUCUGACCUUUUAUUAUUCAAAACGUUAGCUCUUCAUGUCUUCAACACGUACACUCUUUACGCGAAUUCUAAGACUGUUUGCCGUCAAGAUAACUGAGAAGUAAACCAUAGGCCCCAUGGAAUAGGCCUAUGACCUAAGUAUAAGAGUUUGUAAAAGCGGUCUAAACAAACCAGCUCAAUUGAACCUACAUUGCUUCAGGUUGCGGACCCACAUCCGUGCAAGGAAACAUGAAUCUACGGAGGAUGUAUAUCGGAUUGACAACCCGACGGUUAAAAUUGCAAUGGUUUUGCGCCAGCAUUUUUGGUACGACGAUCGUCUUAUUCUUCUUAGGAGGACUGUCGCUAAAGAAACCCCAUUUUCGAAUUCCACCAUUGUUGUCACUUUCUAAAUAUAAACCAGCCAGGAUAGACUCGAUAAGACCAAUGGUACAUCCCGGACGCAUGGGGCAGUUUUUCAAGGAGAGUAACUCCCGACGAAGAGGAUCACUACCGACCAAACAGUUUGCUAUUCUAGCUGAGAUGGGUGUCAUCUCCAAAUGGAACGAACUUGAAGACAUGUACCGGUGUUUCCUUAACCCAGUGGACAACUCGACCCGGCCAUGCCUUGUGUACUGCCCAGAACACGACACCACUGUGGAGUUAGUGAUGACGGAAAAUCCAAACGGUUUCCAAGGCAAAGACGCAGCUGUAUUUGGGAUGUCUCCCUUCACUCUACUGAAGAGCGCCCCCAGGUUAAUGAGAUAUUUGUCGAAACCAACCAUUCCUGCAUCACAGGCUCUGGUACUGUAUAGUAUGGAAUCUCCGUUGAGGGUACACAAAUGGAUUGAGAGAAUUAGCCGCGCAAAGUAUCACAUCGACUUCACUUACUUGCCGAAAUCAGACAUCAGUGUGCCGUAUGCUUACUAUAAACCUGGUGCACUUGUAAAUGGAUUUGAGGAUACGAAAAAUCACGCUCAGGGAAAGACGGGUCUCAUUGCUUGGAUGGGAAGUAACUGUGCGAAGGAAGUCUUCUGGCCCCGUAUGGAAUUCAUACAAGACCUAGGGCGCCACCUACCGUUGGAUACCUACGGGAAAUGUGGUAACCUAACAUGUCUGCCGAGACUUUCGACAAAAUGUGUAAACCUAAUCAGUACGUACAAGUUUUAUUUAGCAGUGGAGAACUCUGAGUGUCGUGAGUACAUUACGGAAAAGUUUUGGGAGUCGUGCUUAUUGAAUGGCGUCGUGCCUAUAGUAUAUGGAUCCCCUAAGGCCGACUUCGAAAAACUAGCUCCUCCAAAUUCAUACAUUCAUGUUAGUGACUUUGAGAGUGUUAAAGAACUUGCAGAUUACAUCAUCAAAGUUGACCAAUCAGAUGAGCUGUACAAUAGUUUCUUCGAGUGGCGGAAGCUCGGGUCAGUUAUUGUGACCUAUCCCAAGAUGCAACCAAACUAUUUCUGUAACAUAUUACCUCUUUUGAAGAAGACUGCGGAAGCCAAGUUCGUCCAUGAGUCGAGUUGGUACAAUUCAUGUAGAGGAAACAUUACUAGGAGAUUUAACAUAUCGCAGGUACCAUCUUUGAAAGACUGGGAGCCAUGGAAACUAGGUAUCAAUGACUACACGAAUGGCUAUUGAACAUCCUAUUAAGCAACAAUGCAUUUCCUUUUGAGAUAUUUAAUUUAUUAUUUUAGCCAGACGCGCGCGAUAAAGAACAAUAAUGUUUUAUUUAUUUCCUUUCAAGUAUACUCCCACCAUGACAAUCUUUAUAUCAUUAAAGUCAUGUCCAAAUUAAUGUAAACAUAAUUAUUUUCAAUAUAACCAAUGUUGCACACACCCUUUAAGAUUAGUCGAUCUUUCUAAAAGGUGAAUUAGUGUUUUGAAUUAAUUGACAGUGUUGUGUGUCACAACACAUUUUUUUUCCCUUUUUUUUUGGGGGGGGGGGGCUAUUGUAAUACGAACAAAACGAGUCUAAAAAGGUAAACAGUCUGGCAUCGGUUUGGUUUGGAUCGACAAGAAGUAUAACCAGGUAGCG